AAAUGGGUAAACAAGUGUUGUGUUUGUAUUGGUGCGUUUGUGUGCGUGUACGAGUGAGACAGUCGAUGCGAGUGAAUGAGAAACGAGGAAAAGGUCACAUGAAAAGCUAAACUUCAAAAAUAUUGCUUUUCUGGAAAUUAAUUUUUCGUUUGAACAGAAAAAUCAACAACGUGAACCAACUAAACGAAUUUCCUUCGAAUUGCAUACACUCAUCGAAUUGAAAAAGUGAUAAAGUGAACGACGGGCUGAAACUCGGUGAUUUUGUGGAUUUUCUUCGGUGAUUUUCUUAUCGACAAGAGAACGACCAGCAAAAUCGCAUUUCGUGUGAGCGUGUGAUAAGGAAAAUCCUUCGAAUUUUUGGUCGAACGAACGCAACAAAAUGAAUUACAUUUUUAGCAUAAAUCAAUUCAAUUUCGAUCGAAUGGUCAAUUGGUUGAUUAAAUUGGCCGUGAUUUUGGGCAUGUUGAUUUACAUUUCGAAUGCACUGCAAUUGGAAGGACUGGCAACGAAAAAACCACGGACCACAAAAUUUCCAUCGAAAGCAGCGGGUGAUUCUGGUGGAGCAUCCGUAUCACUUUAUCGUGUUAACAACACCAAAGGUACGACCUGCAUUCUCAUUCGCACCGAUGGCAUUCUCGAUAUUAAGUAUCGCAAAUCGACUGGCGAAGAUGCGACCGCCAACACUUUUAUGCCCGACGAAACCGAACUCAGCGGUGACUGUUCCGAUGACAAUGUGCAAAGCUUAACGAUGAUAUUCAAGGGAUUCACACUGUUUAUGCUGUUCAAGAAAACACCUGGCGGCGAACGAUGGUACGUUAGCACCAUCGAUCUAGCUUACUCAUCAUCCAAUCCGUUGCUUGAGCAAAUCGAUCGACCAAAUCUACAAGUGAAAUUGACAUCCGAUCCAAGCAAGCUACUAUUCCCGACGCCAGUUGGUAAAUCCUACUCAUGCAAUGAAUCUGAUAUCAUAUUGCAUUCACGGGAUGAAUACGAUGGAAUUGGACACACAGCUAUCCUGAAUUUGCGCGAGUUACGCAUGCAAAGUUUUAUGUUCAGAGUACAGGGCACCUGGGGACCUCCAUACCAGUGUUCAGCCUCAGGCACUUAUCGCGAUGAGUCAGCACCAUUGUUCGUUGGAACCACAUUAGCAAUAGCAUCAUUAGCUGCCGUUAGUGCAUAUGGUGUUUGGAGGUAUUACAAAAUAAAGAAGUUCCAAUACGGAACAAUGGAGUAAAUAUCGAAAUGAAUGUCUAUUCUUCACAGAAGUGGGCACUAGGGGGGUGUAUUUCCGGAUUUACCCUCCACUUGGAGAUGGUAACGUCCGGAUUUCCGCCCUCUAAUUUUGCUGGUCGUGACCUCCCCCUAAAUUUUUUAUAAUGAAAAAAAAAAUGGAUCUUAAUACCCCCGCCCUAAAAAUUGAUUCUCAUCGCAUCAAGUAAAUAAUAAACAAACAAACGUUACGUUUACUUUUUCAUUUGUAUAAACUUUAAGUUUUUAUUUGCGUCACUAUAAACGUUGAUACAUGAUUUUGAUUUGAAUUUUAUACAUCAUCAUCUGUCUGUUCAAAACCACAUCUGUGCAUUCAAUUGUAUUCAAUUCUUCAAUUGGCGCUUGUCAUCAGGUUGUUUGAUCUAACCAAAAAAGGAAUGGACACUUUUUUUUUAACGACACACACAGGAGCCGAUUGUCUCCUGUCAACUUGGACGCAAUUAUGCGGAUUUAGUUGAAUAGACCGGACGAUUUGUCAUACUUUGCAGCUGCAAAGCAACUCUAACUCUUUCCACUUCUGACGUGUUUUGCGAAAACAAUGUCGAUAAAUUAAAUUUGUUUAUUUUGUCUAAAUGUUUUUUUAUCAACACGUCGACCAAAUCUCCUUUGAAGCCAUUUAUUUUCGCCAUUUGUUUUAUGCGAGCGUAUUCAGUCAUGUAAUUUUGUGCCGAGAGUUUCAUUCGACACAAUCGAUGAACCAUUGAAUGAUACGCAGCCAAUUUGUGUUGCAUGCUACAGUUUGAAUCACUAGUUAUUGUUCUCAAGGUGUCAGUGGGUUUGUGGUAAAUGGCAAUAUCAAUUUUAUUGUCCACAGAAGUUGACAAUUCCAUGUCCAAAAACGAUAAUUUACACUUAUCAUUCUCCCUCUCACACGUAAAUUUAAUCGAAUCGAAUCGAUUAUUGAGCACGUUUAACACUAAGUCAAUAUUUAUUAAUAAAAUUCAAAUCAAAAAUCAUGUAUCAACAUUUAAAGAAAUUUCACAAUAAAUUUUUCUUUCGCACUUUUUUCAUUAAAUGAAUUUUGUUUUUUGUUUUUAUAAAUUAAAGCAAAAAAAAAACACUUAAACUAAUUCAAUAUUUUCUUCAUUUUUGCGCAUGACUAAGGAACAUUAUCAUUUCGUUCGCUUGGAUGGCGAAAUUGUGGUUUUUCAAAUUCUCCUCGAAAGAAAUUAUAAGAAAAAUAUUAGUGCAACUUAUCACACAAUCUUUUAAUUGUAACAGACGCCAAAAAAGAUCAAACAUUGAAAAAGAUAAUUCAAAAAAACUCUCCGGAAAAUUCACACUUCUACCGUUUCAGAACUAAACACUUUACGUUUUCGAUGUAUUCAACUCAUACACCAACUCACUCACUCAUUCACUCCUUGUUCUAAAGUCGAACGUGAGGCCGACAUAACAAAACACAAUGAAAAAACAAUGCUAAAAAAACAACUAUUUAAAAAAAUGAAUGAAAUGAAUUAUAUAUACAAAAUAAAGUUGAAAGUCUUCCAUUUUGAUUUAGUGUUUAAAAAAAAAGAGAUACAUUUAAUAUUUAAAGAAAAAGAAAGAGUAGUGCAUAAAUCAAAUAGAAAAUUUAUUCGUAAGAUAUGAAAACAAAUGUAAUGUUUAACAGCAGCAGCAUCAAUAGCAAAAUUAUUGAAAUAAUGAUGCCGUUAUCGUGUAGCAAAUUGCAGUUAAGUAAAUUUUUGCAAAUUGCAAGCAUUUGGAUAUGUGCGCAAGUUCAAGCCUUGAAUUUCAAGGCAACAGCUGUCUCAAAAACAAGAACAAUGAUCUCAUCCAAUUUGCAGAGGAAAACAAUGGUUGAGAUCAGCCAAUUUAAAAGAGAGAGAGAGAGAGAGAGAGAGAGAGAGAGAGAGA